AUGCAUACAGUAACUUCUUCCAAGUUUGUUCAUGUCCUGUUAGUGUACCUGACUCUGGGUGCCUUCCUCGUUCAAUUGGCAACAUGUUUGGCUUUCAACCAUUUGCCGAAAGAUACUCACAGCCUUUUGUCCAAGCGAGCUGAUGGUGAUGUACACUAUCUCGGAGUUGGCAAGGCCGACAUUACUGGUCCUGUAGUCGAGCUGAACCUCAUGGGAUAUGCCGAACUAUCCCAGACAGGAACUGGCUUGCGCCAACGAAUAUACUCGCGUGCCUUCAUUAUCGGAAACCCAGACAAGCCUAAAGAAAGAAUUAUUUACGUGGUUCUUGAUGCUCAGUCCGGUGACACGGCAGUUCGAAGAGGCAUUCUUGAGGGAAUUGAAGCUCUUGGAUCUGACUAUGCAGUCUACACGGCCGAUAACGUGGCCAUUACUGGAACGCACUCUCAUUCUGGUCCAGCAGGAUGGAACAACUAUCUCAUGCCCCAGAUAUCCGCCUUGGGCCUGAACCAGCAGUCGUAUCAGGCUAUUGUGGACGGCGCGGUCCUAUCAAUCAAGCGAGCGCAUGAAAGUCUCUCUAAAGGACGUCUCAGCGUUGGAAAGAUACGCAUAGAUGAUGUCAACAUCAACAGAAGUCUAUAUGCCUAUCAACAGAAUCCAGCAUCUGAGAGACAGAAAUACAAAGAUGAAGUCGACAAAGAGUUGACUAUGCUUAUGUUUACCCGAGAAGAAGACAAGAAGGUCACUGGAGUUUUGACCUGGCAUUCAGUCCAUGGUACAAGCCUUCACAUGAACAACACUCUUGUCGCCGGCGACAAUAAAGGCGUCAGUGCCUAUCUACUUGAAAAGGCUGUCCGGGGCACCGACGGGGCUGCGGAUGAUUUUGUGGCGGGGUUCUCGCAGGCUGCCGUGGCAGAUACGACUCCAAAUAUCGAAGGUGCUUGGUGCGAAGAUGGUUCGGGGAAGCAAUGCGACUUCAAGGACUCAACAUGCGGCGGCAAAACAGAAACCUGUCAUGGUCGAGGCCCUUUUUGGGGUUUGGAUGAUGGCGGUACUAAGUCUUGCUGGGAGAUUGGUCGUCGCGUCUAUGAGCAGGCUUUCAAGCUCUAUGAUCAGAUGAAGGAUGGGAGUGGCGAUGCAGUGUCUGGAAACAGUGUCGUGGGUUACCACUCGUUCCAUGACAUGUCUGACUACAGUUUCGUGCUCCCCAAUGGAAAGACGGCCAAGACAUGUUCAGCAGCAUUUGGGUACUCUUUCGCAGCUGGAACAACUGACGGUCCUGGGUACUUCGACUUCAAGCAGGGUGACUCUGGAUCUCCGGAUGCUAGCCCACUCUGGGCCAUAGUAUCCAAGUUUCUGAGAAACCCCACGAAAGAGCAAGUUGAAUGCCAAUCGCCAAAGCCGAUUCUGAUUGACGCUGGCGAGAUCACGUUGCCUUAUGCCUGGGCGCCCAACAUCGUCGACAUUCAAAUGUUGCGUGUUGGUAACUUCUUCAUCAUCGUGUCGGCUCCUGAACUCACAACCAUGUCCUCACGACGUUGGCGCGAGAGUAUCAGCAACGAAAUCCAAGGCCGGGGUGGCCUCGGAGAUGGAGUCAAGCCUAUUGUUGUAGCAGGAGGGCCGGGUAAUACCUACGCUCAUUAUGUCACCACUCCUGAAGAGUAUGAUGCCCAGCGCUACGAAGGUGGAUCGACAGUCCACGGAAGGCACAGUCUUGACGCCUACAUCAACCUUACAUCGACUUAUGUGGGCUAUCUUCUCGGAGAGGAUGGUGCUAAGAAGCCUCCGACUGGUCCUGCGGCUCCUGAUAACCGUAAAAACUCUCUGUCUCUUGUCACUGGUGUUGUCUAUGAUAAUCCCAAGACCGGGACCAAAUUUGGAAACAUCGUGAAAGAUGUGUCAAAGUCAAAGUUCAAGAUUGGAGAGACUAUUACCGCUACAUUUGUUGGAGCUAACCCACGCAAUAAUCUGCACCUCGAAUCUACCUAUGCAGCCGUUGAGAAGAAAGACGGCUCCAAGUGGACUCAAGUUCGUUCUGAUGAGGACUGGGAUCUUGUCUUUGAAUGGAAACGACUUGAUGGACUGCUUGGAUCUAGUGAAGUUCAGAUCUCUUGGGAGACAGGUUGGCAGGAUGCCAAAGACGUCAAGGCAGGAACAUACAGGUUGAGUUAUAACGGUGACAGCAAGGCACCUCUGACUGGCAAGAUUACUGGUUUCACUGGCAAGAGCGGCGAAUUUGAGAUUGCAUAG